UGUUUGAAGACGCACGCAAAACGGUACCCCAAUCCAUUCGUAUUGGUACGAAUCACUGUAAUAUCCGUGUACGUGAACGGCAGCGCCUCGGCAGAGCCUUGCUUAUUCACAAUAGAUGAUAGAUAAGGCCGUGCCGAGCCCUGGUCAUCGCUAAGCUUUUGUAUUGAUUCUCACACGCCUAUUCUUUCACGUUUUCAAAACAAAACUGUACGGACGCGAGCCGCGCAAGACUAUUGAUCGAGCUUUCGUAAUUUGGCGUACGAAACACAAGGAACCGAUGGAACCGAAGCGCGAACGGAAGCGGCUAUACCGCGGCUUGGACAAUCAUGAGCGCAAUCUGUCCUCCUCGUCCUCGUCGCCGGCGUCGGUAGCUAGGCAGGUCUCGUCGGAAGCCAGCGACGAUCCCCGCCCGACGACCAGUGCAGUGGCGGAAGCCAAGCGCGAACGGAAGCGGCUGUACCGCGGCUUGGGCAAUCAUGAGCUCAAUCUGUCCUCCUCGUCCUCGUCGCCGGCGUCGGUAGCUAGGCAGGACAGUGCCAUAACCAUCACAAGUUCAUCACAGUCCAGUGGGACCACCCAAAUGGUCGUCUCGCCCGACGAUCCCCGCCCGACGCCCAGUGACGUGGCGGCAGAUGUACGGAAUUGGGUGUAUUUACCUAGUUAUUAUCACUCUGAUGAUUUUACAAGCUCUGAUAUGAGCCUUAACGCAGUGAACGGUACUCGGCUGCCUAACAUACAGCCAAUACCCAGGCGUCGAGAGACGGUAAUCCUAAAUAAGAAAGCCAUGGAUAUAUAUCUGGCAGGGACUACAGGCGGGUAAAAAUAAUAAUAAUAUAAACCCACUAAUAAUUAUGUAAUUAGAU